CUUACCACGUUUGUUUACAUAUUUCCACCCGGCCCGCUGUCAAUUGGAAACAAAGUAACUUGGCGAUGAAAUCUUUUGAUUGAUUUCCUGAGGUAAAAGCCCCCCCCGCUAUCUCAGCGCGUCCUUGACUUUUGACGUGACCGUUCCAUUUUGAACUCUGGAGAGUCGCGGCAAAAAGAUCCACCUGGAAGGUCAACUUUAUAAGCCUUCCACUCGCGGAUACUUUUCCAACUCCCGUGCCGCUUUGUAGCAGGGUGGCUCAGCGUAAUCGCGAGGAGUAUCGGUUUCUAACCGGCACUUCUCCUCUGGGAUGGUUCUCGUAUCAAUACCCCAGAUGUCUGGAUUUCCAUCGCCGACUUUGAUGUUGUGAUGAUCGAUCUUCGGUUGGGCUUUUUGAUUGACCUCGGUUCGGUGUCUCCGCAGUGGUCCGGGCGGGCGUUAGGUAAUGUUCCUUUGGUGGAUAAACCAGCCUCGGUAAACUCCUGUGUGCCCUUCUGAUGAACCCUCGGAGAUCAUUGAUCAAUUUUGUUCCGUGUCCGCUUUGUUUGCUUCCUGGACUUGGCAGUCAAAGCUGCACAACAACUGUUAAGUAUCCAUCGGGUGGAAUAUCGUCACUCUCCACCUCGAUUUUUACCUGUCAAACAUUUUCACAAUGGGCAAAUCGACUCUAAUCCCACACUCAUUGUGUAACAUGCCAAAUGGAAGAGAACUAACCCCCCCACCCCCCACCCCGACCCACCAAUCCCCACAUAAAACAACAACAAAAAACAUCUACUUGGACUGCAUUAGCAAUCCGGUGCAUUGCCAAGAUUUUGACUUUCAAAAUAAAACCGCCGCUUUGCUUCCAUUCAUAUCUCGCCCCCGUGCUGCCAGAAACGACUGCAUUUGUCACCCGGCUUCCUCGAGUGCGUUUUUUUUUUUUUAAUUUUUACUCCCAAAUGUCAGCGGUGUUGACAGACUGACAGCGGUCGUUCGCCGACAAGCGCCACCCUUGAGAAUAUUGCCAAUGUAUUUAAUAUGUUCCUAAUGUAUUCCAACCGACAUUAAUUAAAACCAAUUUAUUUAAUCAACUGUGUUGCCUAACCGAGACAAAAGUGAUCUAAUAAAGCGCAAUGACUUUUUCUUUCUCACCGUUUAAGAGUGCCGGUUGAUUUCACUGGAGGAUUGGGAACGGAAACGCGACAUCAACAAGCUUUAUUUGUGACGCUAUUGUCUCGCUGCGCAGUGACCUAAUGUUGGCUGUGCCGUGGGAUUUCAAUAUUGUCCUCAAGUUUCCACGGGGUUGUCUGACGCGCGGGGAGCCUGAGGAGCCCAGCUCUCUGUCCUUAUAUGGGCAUCUACGUCACGCCAAGGUUCCAGCCCACUAUUAAUGCCGCCACACUGAAGUCUCCCAGCCAGCUCCAAUAGAGCAAGUACACCGCCAACACUCGUUUUUUUUUGCACAGUCCACACUGGAACCACAAGCAGCUCACAAAAGGUAUCCACGUCGGUCAUAACACAGUAGCCGCCGGGGUACACGGAAGUGGCGACGCCUCUGGAAGGAGAUAAACAAAACGACGACAAAAACUUCGGAAGGCACCGGGAGCCGCCGCCGCCGCCGCCGCCGCCGGACCCCGACUCUUCGCAACUGCCUCCCGGAGGGGGAUAUACGGGCACGACGGUCCCCCCUCCUCUCACCCAUGCCGGAGUGACUCGCAGUGCUAUGACCGUGAAAGUGGCGGAGAAGCUUCCUCUUACCAUGAGCAGUCUAAUAAACAACAUCCCCGACAGCCUGUACCCCGAAGAGGACGUCCCCACGUCGAUGAACAUUUUCACCAGCACGGAAUCUAUUAACCACUACUCGCAGAUGAACACGGACAAUAUCAUGGAUAUCGGCAUGGGAAGCGAGAAAGCCGGCGCGGAGAUUCACUACGGGUCCGGCUUCCAGUCCAACCGCAGCGGGCAGACGGUCACCUACCUGGGCAAGUUCGCCUUUGACACGCCUCCCUCGGGCGGCAUCGGCGGCUCGGGCUGGUGCUCCGACAACAACAUCAUCAGCCUGGUCAGCGCGGGGAUCCUGGGCGUCUCUCCGUCGCCCGGCACGGCCAGCGCCCAGACGCCGUCCUCGGCGGCCGGGAUGGGAGGACAGAACUCGGACAUGGAGCAGGUUUACGGCCCGCCGCUGCCCGCCUACUCCACGUGCGGCGAGCUGUACCAGGACCAGGUGUCCUUCCACCACAGUCCCGCCACCAGCACGGCUCUGGCGUACCCCGCCAACGACUAUCACUCCACGUCCAAAGCCUCCAUGGACGGCAGCCUUUUCUCCAUGAUCCCCGACUACAACCUCUUCCAUCACCAGGGGGAAGUCGGCGUGAUGGAGCACAAGCCCUUUCAGACUAUGGACCCCAUCCGGGUCAACCCUCCGCCCAUCACUCCUCUGGAAACCAUCCGAGCGUUCAAAGACAAGCAGCAGAUCCACCCGGGUUUCAUCGGCGGGCAGCAGCACGCCCCCUCCCACCACCCUCCCCCGCAGACCCUGACGCUCAAGCCCAUCCGACCGCGGAAGUACCCCAACCGGCCCAGCAAAACGCCCGUCCACGAGCGUCCGCACGCCUGCCCGGCGGAGAACUGCGACCGGCGCUUCUCGCGCUCGGACGAGCUCACGCGCCACCUGCGCAUCCACACGGGCCACAAGCCCUUCCAGUGCCGAAUAUGCAUGCGCUCCUUCAGCCGCAGCGACCACCUGACCACGCACAUCCGCACGCACACCGGCGAGAAGCCCUUCUCCUGCGAGUUCUGCGGCCGCAAGUUCGCCCGCAGCGACGAGCGGAAGAGACACGCUAAGGUUCACCUGAAACAGAAGGACAAGAAACCCUCCGACAAAGGCAACGGCGUGCUCGGGAACCACGGUUCUCCGCCCGGCGCCUGCGGGGGGCCCACCAUGGGGCCCUCGUGACCAUCACUACCCGCGCACGGACUGGAGUCUGACCCCAAUGAGGACUCGGGACCAUGGGGCCGCGUCCAGGAGAAGAAAAGCAACAGGUGACUCUUCCUCUCGCUCACAUCCUCUCCUCACUCCCGUCCGUCUGUUUGGCGAUGGAAGCCGUUGGUCCGAGCAAAAGGGGGGUCGGGGGGGGGGGGGGCCUACCGUGCCGACGUAAGAGAAUCUUAGUACAUUCCGCCCCCAAAAGGCUAUUGCGCAUCAAGGCUGGCUUUGCCCCCGGUUCCACUUUUUGUACAUUUCUUAACUGAGAGCAAGCCAAAAUUUAUCGCAACCAUCCGAGUAAAGAAUGAGAGGAGCAAAAGCGAAAGGGUGAGUUGUCUGAGAUGUAUGCAUUCAUUUUACUAGGCUGUUGAAAAGUGCAAUUUGGUCGUGUUUGUGUACUGUCAUGGACACCGAAUUAGUGGCACUUGUCUCUUUUUUUUUCUUUUUUUUUUAAUUGAUUUUUUUGUUACUGUGUAGUGUUUUUUUUAAUGUUGUUUUCUCCAAUGAAUGUGCCAAACGUAUUGUGGUAACUCAGCCAAGCUUGUUGUUCUUUUUUUUUUUUUUUUAUUGUGCCUGAUAUUUGCCAAACAUAACAUGAGCGAGCUCGGCUUCCACGCAAGGUUCAAAGAAAGGCCAGACUCCAAACUAUCUCCCGUUCUCAUUUGACGACGUCGAAAUAUCCAGCGAAUGGUUCAUGGAUCGUGCCGGUUACGUGGCUGCGUGCCAAUUUAGAAUUCCUUGCUGUGGCGUGAAAAAAAAAAACACAACAACUGCGAAUUAUUUGAGUUUUUAAAAAAAACAAUCGGAAAAAAAACAAACACUGGUGUUUCUUUUGGAUCCGUACUUUUCAUUAGACAGCAUUUUUUUUAUUUGAAAGGGGUGCCUUUAUCAAACUUGCACCAACGCUCUCCAUUCUUAGUUCUCCAGUGACACGACACCACAACAAAUAUGCGACAUUGUGUUGCAAACGGGCAGGAUAUUGAAUUUUUCCCUUAUACUUGCCAGUGUUGACAUCCACUCUUGAAAAACACAUUUGCUGGUUUGAGAAUCCAAAUGAUGGGCAGCUAACAGAAGAAAGAAAAAAAAAACAAUUCAAUAUCCAAAUCCUUUUUCUUUUUUUUUCUUUUUUUCUUCUUUUUUUUAACGUGACGACUGAGCUAACAAAAGGGUUUCCUCGCUUGCUUUUGGACCAGAUUUACAUUUGUUUUUGCGGUCCACGCUGAUGGAGGAUAGUUUUUAAAGUUAAUUCAAAUAUGUCAUUUAAUAUAAGUGGGGGGGGGGCAAUUGGGGCACCCUCCAUUCAUUGGUCAACUCUUCUUCCACUUUGCAGAAGGCUUAAACCACUGCUUUAUCUCCUGAACUUCUGCAUCAACCCCCCCCCCUCCCCCGCCGCCCUCCUCCAAGUGGUUUUAAGUUGACCAAUGUGCUUGAAAGGAGGUUAAAAACACACAUCACGUAUUCUUCCCUCACAUUUGGAACAAAAGACACACUGGGCUUCUUCCACAAAUUGGUUUCUAUAUCACCGGUCAUCAAAUGCUGACCCCUUUUCUUUUCGACUUAUGUAACGAAACAAUUAAAUCAGCAGAGUUUACUCAGAAAGGGAAACUAACGGCAGAAUCCGACGUCGGUUGCCAAAAGGCCACGAGCUGUCAAGUGAAAUGACAUUAUUUAACGCGCAUUUUGGGCUGAAUAUCCCCAUUUGUGCGGCAAGACUACUUGUCAUUUGAUUCCUCGAACUUUAUGGACGAUCGAAUUAUCGAUGUUCUCAAGAACCAUCGAGUUGGGCUGGCAGAUUUUUUUUUUUUUUUUUGGAGCAAUCAGCAGCGCUUGUAAAAUGACACAGUCCAUUGUGCUGGAGCGAGACUUGUCUACAUGGCGUCAUCAAGGGCGGGCGAGUGGAUAGAGAAGUCGGGAUGAAACGCAGAUUGCGGACAAGCGCUCUAACAGAGAGCACGUUGUAGGAGAAGCGUCACUCUCUGCUGGAACAACCAGUUUUCACUGCCGAGCUUCCUGGCGAGUGUCCACUGACUUUCCAAUUAUUUGGGCCUCACGGGGUCUUUUCUCAACUCAUCUGCAUGGAUAAAUGAACAGGAACCCAGAGAAUUGAAGAUUAACUAUACAUUAAAAUGUUUUAAAAAUAGGGUAGGGGGGGCGGCGGGCUCGAUUUAAAUCACUGAAGUCACCAUCGGGUCGUUGGCGAGAGUUCCAUGAAGAAAUGUCAUGUAGCAGCUAUUCCCAUGCAGUACGCACAAAGCAAUAUCGUCUAUGAUGUGAGUAGAUAGAGAAACUAUUUUUGUUCAAUGUAUUGAUGUUUCGAGCAUUAGCCAGUGAACAAUGCAGCGGGGGUGGGGAACCUUUUUUUUUUUCCUGUAAAUUGACAACCAAAAAUCGCAUUUAACAAUGGAUUUAAUAUUUGUUUUAUAUACUCGGAGCAUGUGCGGACGAAAUUGAGCUUUUUUUUGAUCGCAAUCCCUCUGACGGGUUUCAUUUGGUUGGAGAAUUUCACAGCCUGGGUCAAAGGUGCUCGCGGGUGAUUGGUUCCCCACCUCCGUGAAGAGAUUUUUGAAUAUAUUUGACCAAAAAGAAGAAGAAAAAAAUGCUAUUGUUAAAUUGACACUUAGUGAGAAUGGACGUGUGUAAUUAUAUCGUGACUGCGGCCUCCUCGCCGUUGCAUUGUGUUGAGGAAUGCGGCGAGCUGUUUUCUUUCCAUGACUAAAUGAAGCCAUGUAAUUACAACCUCACAUAUUCAAUAUGUCAUCGGUCGCAUCCUCUUGACUGUGUUUGUCUUUUUUUGUUUUUGUAAUGAACAGAUGGAUUCAUGCUCUCCCUCAUUCCCACCCCCUCACUUCUACACUUUGGUGGUAGCAGGAAAAUAAUCCCCCCCCCCCCCCCCCCCCGCCCCGUGUGAAUCCUAUUGAUUCAUUUUGUUUUGUUUUUAAACAGAAUAUUAAAACGGCCCUUUUCCGAGAACAAUAUUGUUUAUAUUUUUUACAAAACUGGAGGGUUGGAAUAUGCCUCAUCUUCCUUCUCGGCUCCAUGUUGGAAACGGUCCAACAUCAGCAGCCAUUUUGGUGCCAAACUGGGUUGCAGGGUUGGCUGAUCAAAAACAAUAUGCGAUGAAAACUCCAAAUCACAGAGAAAAAUAAUAAUAAUAAUGUGACCUCAGUCUGCUUGCGAGUGGAAGGCAGCCGUAUGCUAAUGUUUGUGUUUUAAUUGUCCGACUGGGCUUGUGUGUAGAUAGUUCAGGCUACUCACGGGGUGGCUUCAGGGAUCUCGUGGCUAUCUAGGCCAGUGUUUCUCAAAGUGUGCUAACCCCCCCACCCCACCCCCCCCAAAAAAAGGACUUAUCAAUUUCAAACCUGCACAACCUUUGAAGUUCAGCCAGUCCACUGGAUUCUGUUGGGAGUAGUUACCAAUGGUUUUGGAGGAGUAGGUGCCAAGCAGCGCUUUUCCUGAGGGAGGGGGGGGGGGGGGUAAAAAAAAAGUUUGAAAAACACUGAUCUAGGGCAACACUACGGUGUUCACACGCGCACUGUUUUCUUUCUGUUGUGUUGUGUUUCCUUUUCAUGGCAGUAUAUCCACAUGUUUGCAUGUGCACGGAAACAUUCCCAAGCGCUGCCUGCCCGAUGGUGUGGGCGGUGUUCAUUUCUUUAUUAUGCAUGAAAAUACAACGGGUGGGAAUAAUGCGAUACGAACCAUUCCAAGUUGGACAAUUUGAGACGCACACUGGGAUAACUGUUCCGUUAGGUUUUUUUUUGUUUUGUUUUGUUUUU